AAUCUCUUAAAAAGAAAUUAUAUUCAAAAAAACAAACCAACAUUAAAAAAAAAAUGGCAUACUAUUCAAAUUGGUAUAAACAAAAAGUUAAUAGUAGUAGCGAAGGUGUUUUAAGCACUUCCUCUAUUACAUUAUUAACACCAGCUCAAGUAACUGUCAGUUCAGUAAGAGAUAGAUUAGUUUACAACAUUGAAUACAAACAAAAUCCUGAAGAAAAUGAUCGUAAACCAUCUGAACGUCGUACCCGACAAAGUACCGUUUCUUCAACUACAAGUGCCUUUGCCGCGGCCAAUGUUGUAGCGGGUAAAUUCCAAAACCAUCAAAGAAAUCAUACAAGAAGACAUACCAGGAAAAGCAGCUCAGAAUCAGAUUCAUCAUUUGUUUCAAAUUUAUCCGUUUUAUCUGAUAUCUCAGAAGAUUGUAUGUGGGAUGAUUGGAUCGUAAAAUUUCUUGACAAAAAAGACGUCACAGCCGACGACGCUCAAAUGGAAGAUUGGAUAUUUGAAACAAUGUAAAAUAUCCAAAUAUUACUUGUUAAGUUUUAUCGUCAAAAGGAAUCGGGCACUCGUUUUGACGAAAUUACUUGACGCAACUUGUACAUUUUUUUAUAUUUGUAAAUUACUAAUUUUUAGAUAUGGAUAAA